UCUGUGGAGGAGUUCAAGGAAAGACUUGAACAUUCCCUUCGCGAUUACUAUGGAGACAAUCCUCGUGCUCUCCACUACAGAAGCGUCCGCGUCCUCCUAGUGUUCUGGGACAUCGACAAAGACAACCAGCUAAUCGUGCAUCGUCCGAUCGGGUCGAAGGAAGACCCGCCAUUCAACAUCGGUAACUUCGUCGGCCGCCUCGAGGAUGUGUUUACGAGAUCUUAUAAGUACAAGGUCAACAAACUCGAAUUGCAAAGCCAACUUAGCCAAGAUCCCUCUCCUCAAGAAUCUUUAACAGAGGUGCUACGCGCACAGUUAGAUAAUAUCGAUGAGAACGACCUGGCCAUCGUUUACUACGUUGGCCAUGGCCAGAUGGCAGGGAAUGAUCUAAAGAUCUACCCAACCUACCACAACGACAACCAGGUCAACUUUUCGGCAGUUCGCCGGUUGGUUAUCGAUCGUGCCGCUCCUGAUGUCCUCAUCCUUCUAGACUGCUGCUACGCUGCAUCGGCCGGCGACCAGCUGGCUUACAACGGCCCAGCUUCAUUUAGCAGCAAUUUGAUUCAGCAACUCCAGCACGCAGCCGCGACGAGGCAAAUCUUAACGUCACCUCAACUCUACGCUCGACUUGCAACCAAAGCACUCGUGCGUAAUAAAGAUGGAACGGCGGAGCUACUUUCAACGCCUAUUCACAUUCAAAACUAUCAAACAAACAGACGCCCGAUCUACCUAGCUCCUGUGAUGUCCUUCGAGAAUUGGAGUGUCCCCAGAAGUUUCGCCAUCUUUAGUCAGCCUAUUAACGUCCUCCUUAGCGUUCACCUUCGAGAUGGACAACUCAAGACGCUCCAAGAGCUGAGAGAGUGGCUCAUGCGCUCUCGGCCACCCUGUGUCCACCGAGUCGAGUUCCGAGAUAUAUUUCCUUCAGGCUCUGCAACGUUAAUAUUCGAGGUCACACUUGAUGUUUGGGACAGCCUCCCCGAUCACCCAGCCAUUUCCUUUAUCUCGUUCAAGCAGAACAUACAUCUUCCUCCACCGCCUUCUCCACAGCGAACAAAGCCAAAAUCCCCAGAGAAGGAGCCGGUCGCCUUCGCAAAAUAUGCAGGCGACGUUUCACCCUUAGCCAAACUUAAGGAGAAUAAGAAACCUGGAAAUUAGGAAGCCAAGUCUGGCGAUGAGCUCAUAAUCCGCAAACAUCACAAUGCCAAGCAGGAAAAGGUCUUUUCCAAGGCUAGAAGCUGAGGGGGGGUUCAUGCAUAUAACGAGAUACUGGAGAGGCAGGGUCUAUACAGACGAUGGCUAAUAUCACGGUAGAGGCGCUGGGUGCAGGCACGAAAGUACUUUCACAUAGGAUGAAGAAGGCCGUCAAGGAGAAAGGGGUUGGCAGAGAGGGCAAGGGAAGGGAACACUGUGAUGUUGCGAUGGAUUGUUACACGCGCCUCUGCUUCUAGAUGCUAAACACUGCCUAACUACGUGCAGUUUACUCUUCUUUAUAUUGAUCAUUCGUACAUCUGUG